AUGUUCGCACAGCGUGUUAGCACGUUCCUUACGGUGACCUUGAGCCUUUUCGUCGGAGCGUCGAUCCAAGGUUUAGUCCAUUUUUCACGCAAUUAACCGACUUUUCUCUUGUCGAGCUAUAUAUCUGACUCUUUUUGCACGAUUGCAGUCGCUCAAUAUGGAUCAUCCUGGCACACUAGUUCCGCGACCAUUGUCAGCACGUACAGUGCAUUCUCUAAACAGAAGACUGCUGCUGAAAUAGGAGGAUAUAUUGGCUUGAUGCACAUAAACAUCACGUAUAGGCUGCUACCAAGCAGCGACAAUCCAAUGGAUGACGUGGAGUAUAACGAAAGAUUCUGGUGGAGGAGUACUGGAGAGAUGACGAGCGCCUUCAAGCAAGCAUUGAACCAGGGUGCACCGUUCCCUAUAGUUUCUCUAGCCGAAUACUUCAGCCUUCAUCAAGAAGGUUUUUCGUGGGGAAGCAAGACGUCCUUUGCCUCUUGGAUCAUGAUGAAUCUGUUAUUAAUAGUCGUGCCACGAUAUGGCGCCUACGGUAUGAUCUUCACCGGGAUAUGUAUGCUCCUGACUAACUUAAUCUACUGGACACUUUUACCUUGCGAACCUCUCAUUGCGCAUAUCGAAGGUUCCAUUCUUGCAUUUAACCUGGGAUGGAAUUAUUGGCUUGUUUUGUAUCGGAUGCAUGUUCGCUGGAGUGAUAAUUACGGCGAUAGAUAUGAUUUUCCCUCAUCAAUUUUCCACCAUAUUGGAGGUUGAUUAUGAUACACCGUAUGACAGGCACGUCAUCAUAGAGGAGAGUUUCGAUACAAGAAAUAUCAGGCGGAGACCUAAAAUUGAGGAUUCAUUUGGUGAUCGUAUAAUAAGUCAGUUGUCGUCAAAAUUGCAAAACAGACACGAUACCAAGGAGGAGACACAAGGUGUGAUAAAUCGAGGAUACACGUCGCACGAAUGUUCAGAAUUUCACCAUGAAUCUAACGAAGAUUCGACGAAGAGCAACUGGUCCUAUCCAUUUCCAUCGUCCUCACGUAGACCGGUCAAUGGUUGAUUUCCUUAUAAAUAUUAUUUAACAAUCUAUUGUUAGUAAAUUCCUCGAUAUAUUUUAAUAGAAGUUUACUUAGAACUGUAAACUCAGACCCAAAACUCCUAUGGAGAAAGGAAGGGAAUAA